AGCGACGUAGUUAGCGACGCAGACGUCAUCAUUAGCGACGAGAAUUGGGCACUUAGCGACGAGAAUAGGCUUCUGACAAGCACCAGUACCAAUGAACCAAGAUACUGAAAAUCCCGUGUCUAAUGAUGCAACAGCGUCAGGUUCAUCAAUUGCAGCUGGACUUAUACCUUCAACGGAGACAACUACAAGUGACAAAUCUGCCCCAAGUCAAGUGAUUUCGUUCACAUGUUUUGUGGCAGAUUGCCGGUCGGGAAAGCAACUGAAGAACAGAAAGGCUUUGAAGCGCCAUCUGCGACAAGUCCACAAAUUAGAUAUACCUGCAGAUCCAACUGGAGUUGCUAUUGCAUAUGGUCCAGGAGAUUGUAUCUUUCCGAACUGUCGGUUUCCAACUGAAAAUGCAGAGGUUUAUCAAACACACUUGCACAAUGAACAUUACUAUGCUUUAGAGGUAUGGGAGGAAGAAAAUGUAUCUUCAAGUUCGCAUAAUUUGGAUGAAGGAUUUUUUCAAAGAUUUGACGCUGCAUUUGAAAAAAUGAUAUCUGAAGAAAAAUGGACUCUCACAACAGGGAAGGUUGUGGAAGAUGAACUAUAUAAGCUAGGAAAACGAUGCAAAUUUGAACAUCCAUGUCACUCUUGGAUAUUGGAUACAGCAGAUGAAAACUACACGCUCGAAGGUCACUUUACCAAGGAGGAGCUCAAAGAGAUAGAUGCUUACAAACCAGCAACUCUCCCAGAUAUUCCUGACGACGUAGCAGAAUAUAUGAGAACCUUGAAUGCAACUACAAAUGAACUGCGGAAACAAUGUCUGAAUUGCCCUUGGAAUGAACCUUUCAAUCGCGACCAGGACUUUGAUGUUGAUUGGGUUUUUGGCACAAUGCUUAUGAUGAUCCGUGAAUACGAAUCAGGCAAUCUGGAGACACCGCAUCAUGAACUGUGGUAUAUGCUCCGCAUAUGGUGUAUGGUAGAUAGAUUGUUUGAUAAUGUACCAGGAAUGGAAACUGUAAGAGGAGAGUCGGCAAGUAUUAGCACCGCCAUGCGCAAAAAUGAAAAUCGGAUUAUUUCGUCUGUUACCAAAAUGAAACGAAAAGUAAUGGGCAGGCGUGGAGAUUUACUGUUGCAAAAGGGUGUAGCUGAAUACGGCUGCGCUGAAGCAGGUGCCAAGUACGAAGGUCUAAAGGGCAGUAAAAGGAUGUUGGACAGUGGAUUGAAAGCGCCGAAAAUGCUCAAGGAUAUGAUGAACAACCUUGCAUUUAUGUGCGAAAAUGAGGAAGAUCGAGUUGUGAAUCUUAGGACAGUAGGAUACAUACAUUCUGGUAGGAUUGUGUUUGUGAAAUCAUUGAAGGAAUUACACUUGAAAGUUGAUAUACUUCAUUAGCAUUGUCAAUGGAGAUUUUAAUCAUGGAUGCCCCCAAUGGAUAUGUUGCUAGGCUAACAAGAUCAACACAAUAUGAUAUACCGCAGCAGGUUUCAAACAUAAGUACAAAGCUUCUGCCUCUGCUAUCCGUACUAUUAUCCACAAAGUUGCUGAUCAAGGAAGUCAUCGACACUGUUGAAAAUCGUUCAAAUGACUCUGAAUCUCCGCAAAUUCAAUUGAGAAAUGCUUUUCAAAGGCAAGGAUCGCCUGAUCGUACGACAAAAAGAAAGUUGUUGCCAUCUUGUAAUCACACGCCCGUUAAAAAGCGGUUAUAAGAGACAUACAAGCAUUGAGUAAUACCCAGUGCAUUACUGAUGGCGUAAGAGCAUCAAACAUUUCAGUAAAUAAAGUAAUUCAGUGUAAAUAUAUGU